GACGACUACGCAGAGACGGCCCUCGAAACGCAGGAGCUUGGAGAAGAUGGCUCGCUGAGAGCGCAGAUCCUGCUGGGUUUCCAGCUGAUCUCCUUCGCUGGUGGCUUCGGCAUUCUGUUUCUCCAGCUUUUCGGUAUCGCACCAGGCGUGGCCAAGUGGAUUCCGCAGAGCAUGAGGCCUCGGGACCAAGGUGGCCUUGAGCUCGCCGCGGAGCAGCUAGGCCUCGCCUUCAAGGCAGCAGAUUUCUCGAAGUUCGACGACGUGGCUGUGGCCAGAAACUUCGCUCUGCUUCAGGAGAGCCGAGCUCUGUUGCAAUCCACGAAGUGGCAUAUGCAACGGAGCGGGUCAUUCACUCGUCUUAUGCCGGGGCGCCACUACAUGGCGCGGCUGAUCAGCAAGGAAAAGUCGAUGUCCAUGCAACUCGAGGACGAUGGCGAGCCGGAACUUGACCCGAGGGGUUUGGCAGAUACCGGUGCGGAG